GCAAAGCAGAAAAAGAACUUUGCUCUGAUUGGCGGUUAUCAAUUUAGGGGGUUUGUGAUUGGCUGCUCCUGCAGCGGAAGUGACGUUUCACUAAGCUUCUAUGACAUCACUUCCGUAAAACCAAAGCUUGCGUUGUUUAUUCACCUAUUUCUAUUAAACAAACUAUUUACGUUGCUAGCUAAAAUCGAGGUACGUGAGCAGCCACGCAGAGCAGAUGGGGAGAGCUUCGCUCCUUCGGUGUCGGUCUGGUUCGAGAAGCUGGCAGCGCCGCGCGGACCCUGCAGCUCCCCCGUCUUCUUUGUAGCCCGUCUCCGUCAGUGACCCGCUCCGUCCCUCCGGGAUCAUGCUGACCGUCGUCGCCCUGCGCGCGCAGAUCGCCUCCGUCGUUGACGCCCUGUCAAAAGCAGCCGUGGCAGAGAUCUCUAAGGUGGUGGAGGAUGGCAUCGCGGCGCUGCGGAUGGAGAUGUGCCACCGAGAGGACGAGAUCCAGAAGCUGAAGCGCAGCGUCCAGGUCCUGCACAGCGAGCUGGGAGCCGCUCGGAAGCCGGGGACCCUGCGUCCCGAGCCCCGCUGCAGAAACGAAAGUCAAAGCUGUUUUGGCGAUGGGAGUACAUUUCCUGAUGACAGCUACAGCACCUCGCCUGCUCCUCAGGUUUCGGUGAAGACUGAGCCCAUGGAAGGGGGAGGCGAGGAGAGUAGAAGGAACCCCGACAAGCCGACGGGGGGAUUUCUGCAUGAAGGUGGGCCCUGGAGACACGAGACGGCGUGCAGAAGCUCAGAUCCCUUGGCUUUGCCGUGCCCUCCUGCGUCCUCUUUUAACCGAGGAUUGGACGUGUCCUGCAGCGGCUCUGACGGGUUUCCGCCGAACCCGUUCAGCCGCGGGCUGCUGAGUUUCAGCCAGCAUCGAAACGCAGCGGCGCGGAGAACGUCGGUCAAGAGGCUGAUGUUUAAGAAAGGAUUUCUUUGUCCGUACUGUGGCAAAUAUUUUGAGCGCUCCGGGCACCUGGAGAGACAUAAGAGGAUUCACACAGGGGAGAAACCGUACCUCUGUGAUGUCUGCGGAAAGCGGUUCAAUCAGAAAUGCAGCCUGAAGGAGCACACCAAGAUUCACAAUCGAUGUAUUCAGUCUAAACCGAGAGAGAUCCAAGUGUGUCAGACAAACCAGAACCCCGAGGUGACCCGGGGCUCUGACGCGUGUCCCCCCAGAGGAGAAAGUCCAGAGAGGACUGAAGACAUCCAAGUCAAAAGAGAGGAAGUCCUGCCAACGUCGGUACAAGUCAAAUGUGAGCCCGUGGAGGAGCACAUACCUCUGCCUCAGCAGGGACAGGAGGAGGCGACGGACGGAGCCGAAAACCUCGAGGAGAAUCCCCCAACGCUGGAGAGAGACGACACCCUGUGGAUGCCCAGCUCCCAAAGCCCCCGGGAGCCCAGCAGCACAGAAUUCCCCAGCAACUCCUCCCAGAAUGCCAGUUCCUUUCCUGCUUUAGCCCAAACACAACCUGAAGCUUCUUGCAGCAGGUUCUCUUUCCCAGGAGAAGGACUAGAGAAUCUGAAAUCGAGCGACAUCUGUCAAAGCUCCUACGGCCCGUCAGAAACUCAUCUGAUGGCGAGCGAGGCGGCGGCGGCGGCGGCGGCGGAGGCCCACCAACUGAGGAAGAACAGGUCUUUUCAGCUGAUCAAACCAAAAAAAAGCUUCACCUGUCCGUACUGCGGCAAAAUCUUUGAGCGGACCGGUCACUUGGAAAGACACCUCCGGAUUCACACCGGCGAGAAGCCGUACGGCUGCCACAUCUGUGGGAGGUGCUUCAACCAGAAGAGCAGCCUGAAAAGCCACAUGAAGACGCACAGGAACGGGGAAAUCCCAGACGUGUCAGAGCCACAUCACCUGGUCUUCUCCAUGCCAGAUCAUCAGCUUCUGGAGAAUUUUAUGGAGAGCAGCAAUCAAGCAGCAGCUGAGGAGGAACUGUUUGCAGGCAACGCCGGCCCCGAGGCACUUCAGGAGGACUCUGCAGGGCCGGAGAUGAAGCCCAGCAGAGAAGAUUUCUCCCCUCUCAGACGGAUCAGGACGGACGACGCCGCAGACAACAGUCAGCUUUGGAUGUCCCCAGUAGACAGAAAUCCUGAAUCUGCAGAUGGAUCCGUCUGUGUGUUUCUACGAGACGGCGAGCUUCCCUCCAGCUCGGCGGCAGGAGCAGCCGGGGAGCAGCAGGGAUGCCCGUCAGCUGUUCCAGAUCUGGGCUUUAUGGGCAGCAGACUGAAGGAGGACGUGAUGCAACAAGGUCAUCACUCAAUGAGGAUCCUGCCCAGAAACUGUGACGUAACUGUGCCUCACCAGGCAGCCGGGAACGAUUACGGUUCUGAUGUUAGACGGACAUAUGAAAGAAACUUUCUGAACUUUAAUGUUUCUGCUUCAGCCAAUCAGGAGGACAGCUGUGGCCGCGAUGCUGCCGGACAAAACAAUUUCAUAUGUGCGAGUUGUGGCCAAAGCUUUGAUGAGUUUGGUGCGUUGCAGGAACACCAGUGUGAGAGAUUACUAGAGAAGGCCUUCAUCUGCGACAUCUGUGGGAAAGCCUUUAACCAGAUGAGCAUCCUGAAACUGCACCUGAAACUGCAUGUGAAGUGAAGUCACGGCUGCAUUUCUACAAUGAGAAAAAUCAACCAAUGUGGUGCAUUCUGCCUUCGCUUUGAAGAUGGCAACGUGAAAAAAAAAAAAAAACGGGUUUCAAAGACGUGGAUGGACGUGUUUACUGUGAAAAACAAAAACGGACUGUUCUGAGUUAUAAUACUCACUGUGUGUUGACUGUGUCCUUCACACAUACGUGACUGUUUUCAAAAGAAUGUUUAAAAGCAAGGUUUUGCUGUUAUUUAAGCCCUAAUUGUGGAUAAAGUUAUUAUUUCAAUGGUACACUAAUUUUAUUUAUUACAUUUUUUUAUUCUUUAAUAUUUAAAACAGUUAAUCCACAUUAAAAGAUCAUUUUAUUUUCUUUCUUUUAAGAAAUUUAAGCAUUUUCUUUAAAAGCUAACCGUGCUUUUAAAAUGUGCAUCAUCUGAACUACAAUGUCCACAGUUCUAUAUGUAAAUAUGUAAAAUGGCACAGUAAAUAAAUGGUUUUGUGUUUACAUCCCUAAUGGAUUUGAAAUGAGACAUUCAGGCUGAAAUUCUAGCAGUAAGGUAUUUUUGUCUUCAUGACAGCUUUAUUUCUUAUUUGGUCUGCAGGGCUCCUGUCAUCAACGUCUCUUCCCUGCAGUAACUAAAACUAGCCGCUAGGGGGAGAGGUGAGACGUUUGAUUUCAAAGGAUCUGAAGCAAAAGUUACAGGAGUCACAUGAUUAUUUAUGUACGUUUAAUUAUAGCACUAAAAUGUGUUCUUGUACCUAUGAUUCACUUAAAAAGAUAUUAAAAUGACAUGUUAAGAACUUAAAGAACACUUUAAGAUAUUCGAGCUUGAAUAAUGUUCAAAGACGUGAGGUCUUUAAAGGCUAAAUUUGUGCCUUAAUCGAACAAUUCAAUUUCAGAAUUUUUUUGUUCGUUUUUUUUUUUUACCAAAUUAAAUUGUGUUUGUGUGUAUAAACUUAUAUCUAAACUUCUAAAUAUAUAGUUUUAGAAACUCCUCAGAGUUGAAAUGUGUUUUAAAUCUGAACUUUAUUUGCAUCUUGAUGGUUUUACUUCAAAUCUAUUGGGGUAAAACUAGGAAACGAAUAAAGCAUCACCAUCCACAGACCUAUUAAUAUGCAUUUAUUACACAUUAGUAUUCUUAUUAGGACACACUAAUGAAAUACACGUUAUUUUUCAUUUACACUGAUUUUAACCUUUAGUCCUCCUUUUUUCUUUUUACAGAAAUGUAGUCUGGAUAAGAAAUUUGUCAAAUAUCAAAGUGACAGUGGUUUCUACAUUCUUAUGUUUAGCCAAAUGUGUUCAAAGAUGAGUAUGAUCAUAAGGCUCUCUCCCGUUUGUGAUGUAAAAGUAUUUCAUGAGGGAAAUCCUAUUUUAAUCUUCUACAGUAAAACUUGACGUCUGUCAUGUUACGCUGUGGAAACUUACGACACAGGUGAGACAUUUAAUUCCAAAGAUCACAGGAUUAAAGCUCAUAAAUCGCCAUUACAUGUUUUAAGAUGUAUGUCUGGUUUUGAAUCUCUGUUUUUACAACAUUUUUCAUGAAUCAAACAAUAAUUAUCCAAAGUGCCCGGACUUCACAGUUUGUUCUUUUUGUACUUUCUUUAAUAAACUAUAAAACAAA